UCUGAAAUUAAGUUAUUGUGGGCCAUGCGCAACUCGCAGACCUUAUAUUACAAACUUUUACUCCCACUAUUAUCCCAAGCCCUAUGGAUGCAUCGUCUUUCGAUUGGUGUGCGUAUUAUUACAAGCAUGGCCUCUUCGAUAAUAAGAAGUCAUGGAAGAAGAUAUUGAUAAUUUUUCUCUAAGCCUUAGGUUUUGUGGCCCAUGUUUCCAAAUGGGCUUCGUAUUUUUGAUGUUGUGUUUUUUAAAUUGAGCGGGGAUGAACCGGAAAGAGUACUUGGCGAAGGGAGAGCGAGAAAUUAAUAAUAUACGCCAGUUUCGGUGGAGACAGGAAAGGGAAUAUUUGUGGAACUAUGGAACAUUUAAUUGGUUUAAAGUACCAGAUUACGGUAUAACAACCCUAAUUAAAGUGCACAUGGAGUGGAAGUUUUUAAUUUGAGAUGUGGAAAACCGUAGAAUUGUAUAAAUUCAAGGUUAUGUACGUAAAUGUUUUAUGAUUGACAUUUGUGAUGGUAGAUUUUGAGAGGGCUGAUUAAGACGUCUGGCAUGCUUUCAUCGUUUAAAUGGCUCACAUUUUUAUCCCAUCGUGUCAUCUGUCAGUGGCAGGUUUCAAGAACCCACUGGUAAUGUACAGAUCAUGUUAGAUUAAACAGUGUGGGAUGUGGCGUUGGUCUUAUGUGGAACUGUGUGCUAGAAUGAAGUUUGUUUGUACAAUUCAUUCUACAAGCACCACUGGUACUAAGUGUGUGUAGUAUACAUAAACAUUGAAAGAUUUCUUCUGCUAUAAUCUUGGCCUCACCUCUAUAGUCACCUUUUUCAAUAUGUUCCUGAUCUAACCCUCCAGCUUCCGAUUAUGAUUUCUUAAAUUUUUAUUACUCAUAGUCAUCAACUUGCCUGGAACAUCAAUUAUCUGUACUGAGAUUGUUCAUAUCUUUCCUCAGUUCAUCCAGGCAAAUGCUGGGAUAGUACCUCGAUUAGACCACAACUGCUUUCUUCCGAGUCCUUUCAAGACAUUAUUCAUUAAUGGUUCCUAAUGCCUCUUUGCUGUAGAUACCUAUGAAAGUGAAACAUGAAUAUUGUUAAAAUGGAACAUGAUUCAGAUAGUGAGUCAUAUUCCACAUCUUCACAGAAUGAAGAAAAUGUCAGUGGCUCAAAAAGUGAUGAAGUUCCUGUCCUCUUAGUCGCAGAGCAUGAAGUGGAUGUGAUAAAAGUGGAACCAGAUAUUGCUACUGAUGCUUGUUCAAUUUAUUCCUUCAAUGAAAGUGAGUCAUUUGAUGAUAUGAAACAGGAGGAACCCUCAGUGAAAGUGUUUCCAGUGAAGAAGAGGAAGCGUAAGCUAGGUAAUAAAACAGCACGUGGAAAGGGACGCCCGUACUGUUGUGAAAUCUGUAAGAAAAUCUUUUCUCAACCUGCCACUCUAAAAAGACAUCAGCGGGUGCAUAGUGGUGAAGGAUUAUUUACAUGUGAUGUGUGUAAGAAGUUAUUCAACCAACGAAGUCAUCUCACAACACACAUACUUGUUCACACUGGAGAGAAACCAUAUUUAUGUCAUAUUUGUGAGAGGUCAUUCAGUCGACAGACCAAUCUGAGGGUACAUGAACGGAUACACAUUGGGGAAAGAUUGUACCCUUGUGAUAUUUGUGACAAGUCUUUCAUGCGGUCAGGUGAUCUCAAGAUUCAUCGACGUGUACAUACGGGGGAACGUCCAUAUUUUUGUGAUGUGUGUGAAAGAACUUUUACACAGAGUGGUGCUCUUACGGAUCAUAGACGAGUCCACACUGGGGAACGACCUUACUUGUGUGAAAUGUGUAAUAAAUCAUUCAAGAGGUCAAGUAAUCUUAGGCAGCACCAGCGUAUUCAUAGUGGUGAACGCCCAUACUCAUGUGAUAUUUGUAAGAAGUUUUAUCGUGAGGCUAGUAAGCUGAAGAAUCAUCUGUUACGUAAACAUAAUGAGAAGUCACCAUUUUCCUGUGAAGUCUGUCACAAAUCCUUCUGUCAUCUGGGUCGUUUGAAGACACAUCAGAAUUCACACAGAGUUGACUGACUUAUGGAAUACUUGUAAGGAAUACACAGUUUGAAUGUUAUGUAGCCUAGUAGAUCAUCACAGAGGUUUUAGAGGGACUUGCUGCCAUCUUUGGUUUAGAAUGGUAAGCCAAGAAUGAAGAGAGUGCUGUGGAUAUAGGGAAAGGGGAAACUGUGACUCUGACCCUAAUCAAACCAAGGAGAA